AGUUCUCUUUAUAUUCCCUUGUUUACUUGGUAUUAACGGGCACCUAGCAAUCAAAAAAAUUUCCUGCAAUUUAUGGUGACUUAGAAAUUUCUUGAAAAAAUUGUGUGCUCUUCAAAAUUGUGGAUGAGUCGUGGUUCAGAUCUGUAAGGCAUUUUUCGGGGGCAUGUUCGAUUUUAAAGUGAAGAACUUAAUCUGUGUAGCAUAUCUACUUUUCUUGGUAUAUUCAGUUUUGAGAUGAGGUGGAUGGUUGGGUUAUAUAUCCAUUUUUUUGUUGUUUAUUUUUAGGUGUUGAUGACUUGUGGGUAUGCCCUAAUAGGCCUUGAUAUGGAGACACGUGCAGAUAAAUCGUCUGGUUUGUAGAUAUAACAGAAAACACUUUUGCCCAAAUGCUGGCAUAUAAACAUUGUCUAUAUAUUCUGCACAGUUGCUUCUGCAACCACCCUCAGGCCUUAUGAUGGUUUGAUAUAAAGGCAAUAAUCUGGAAGGACAAUAUGCAUCAACAAGAAGUGCAACUUUAUUUAAAACAUGUCAUGGAAAUUGCCCUCUGUUGGUAUGUGUGAUGACCGACUGCUAUGUUGUUUGUGCAUGUGAUCCUCAUGAUCUGCGAUGGGUUGUCUUGGUGUGCUUUAUCUUUGAAAACUAUUAUGUAAUUGAGGUGGAAAACAAAUUAUUUUGAAGCUUAGAGAGGAUGGUUGGGUUCAAAUUCUGCCAGGAGCAUCAGUAAUUCAAGGGCGCUGCCAGAACGUGAUUUCCAGCUCCUUGAUCAAGAAGGCAUAACUACUCUAGCAGUCACAUCAAUUCCUAUGUUACUACAUCAAUACUUGAGCCCUGAAUGCAUUAACAGAAGGUGUUCUGCUUUGGGGCUCUAACAAGCAUUCGGAGAUAGGAUUUUGUUCUAAAAGGAAGGAAGGUCUGGAUGUGUAGUGAUGCGAAAGACUUAUUAUCACUUUGGCUUUGGAUCCAUGGAAAGAAAAUGGCUUCUUCCACUGAUAGCCAGUUCUGUGGUAUCAUUAACUAUUUUUGUUUUGGCAACAGUCCACUUUGGAUCAUCUGGGAUGGAGCCCAGUUCAUCAUCUUAUGAAAGACGUCAUCUCAAAAUUGCAUAUGAUUCUGAUGGUAAAAUUUUGGAGUCUGAUAUAGUUCAGCUUCCCCUUAGUGAACUACCCGAGCCUCCAAGAAUUGCAUACCUUAUUUCUGGAACUAAAGGAGAUGGUCAGAGGAUGAGGAGGACUUUACAGGCUCUUUAUCAUCCUCGAAAUCAUUAUUUGUUGCAUUUAGACCUUGAGGCCCCUCCAAGGGAAAGGAUUGAACUAGCAAAAUAUGUAAAAGCAGAGCCUACGUUUAUGGAAGCAAGCAAUGUUCAUGUUGUAGGUAAGGCCAAUCUCGUCACAUAUAAAGGGCCGACUAUGAUAGCUUCUACACUGCAUGCUGUGGCAAUUCUGCUAAAACAAAGUAAAGAAUGGGAUUGGUUUAUCAACCUCAGUGCAUCUGAUUAUCCACUGGUUACACAAGAUGAUUUACUUCAUGUCUUCUCUUACUUGCCUAAGGACCUAAAUUUCAUUGAGCACACAAGCGACAUUGGAUGGAAAUUGUAUCAAAGAGCUAAACCUGUCAUUGUCGACCCAGGGUUGUACCAAUCAAAAAAAUCUGACAUAUUUUGGGUUACGCAGCACCGAACCAUUCCAACCGCAUUCAAAUUGUUUACAGGUUCAGCAUGGGUGGUUUUGACACGUUCUUUUUUGGAGUUCUGUAUAUGGGGUUGGGACAAUCUCCCUCGAACGGUUCUAAUGUAUUAUACAAACUUUAUCUCAUCACCAGAAGGCUAUUUUCACACUGUUGCUUGCAAUUCUCAGGAGUUUCAGAAUACAACUAUCAAUCAUGAUUUGCACUUCAUAAAGUGGGAUACUCCACCCAAGCAACAUCCGAUAGUCCUAUCCUCAGAACAUUUUGAUGAAAUGGUGCAAAGUGGUGCUCCAUUUGCUCGGAAAUUUCCAAAGGAUGAUCCAGUUCUAGAUAGAAUAGACAAAGAGCUUUUGGGUCAUUCUGAUGGCCAAUACACACCCGGGGGAUGGUGUAUAGGGACAGACAACAGGGAUCCAUGUCAUGUGAGAGGCGAUUCAACAACUCUAAGACCUGGGCCUGGUUCCAAAAGACUAGAAGGCUUACUGUUGAAACUGCUUGCACAUGAAAAUUUUCGUGAUAAGCAAUGCAAGUAACCCAUUUACUAAAAGGGGUUGCAAGGGUUAUAUGAUUAUCAUGCUGGAAAGUCUCCUAAUUCUGAAGAAACACAAUUCUAAUAUUUGCUUCUUAAAAGUUUUCCCAGCAUAUAUCAAUGCAAAGAGAAAGUUAUGAUUUUGUUCAAAGUUGAAAAUACAUUUGAGUGUUGAUGGCAACGAUUUAUUCCUACAGUUGUAGCAGCUGGGAUUACAAUUAAAUGCUCAAUUUUGGCUUCUACGAAAGAGAGAUCAAUUAUGCUCUGUAGUUGUGGAACUUGACUUCGUGACUGUAAUCAGAGAAGAGGUUGUAUAUUUCAGAACUCUUUUAUCAACUGUUUUUAUCCCAACCCUUUCAAUGUUGCAGACAGUUGUUAUACCAAACAAUCAUAAUCUCUUUGAAUUCAUGUAUUAAAAGAAAUACAGUCGAUUUAAAGCAACAUAAAUCAUCACUAGUAAUUUUCAGUA